AUGGCUAUAGCAGGACACUCCAACGGCUACACCACGGCGGCUUUAGCCUUCACACUCGCCGUAGUAUCUGUAUCCGCCACCGUCUCGCUGUAUAGAUGGAGGAGACGAGGAGAAGAUUUGGAAUGUCGAAUUGAGGAACUUGAGAAGUCUUUGGGAUCUACCAGGGAGAAAAGUGCUUCUGAGAGAAGAGGUCGAGUUAAGGCUCAGCAGGCAUUACGGGAGGCAUUAUCACAGAGUGAGUCGAAUGAUUUACACAACACUAUAUACCCGAUGCGACCAAUUGGCACUAUACAGUCUUGCUUCUCUACAAGGAACGGUACACCGAGGCAGCCAUUGCUUGUGUCUCUUGCGAGGGCUUGUUUGAAGUUUGAUCAAGCUUUGGUUCCACCUGCAUCUCUUGAAGGUCUUGAAGAGUAUUCUCACUGCUGGAUAAUAUACGUGUUUCAUCUCAACACUGAUAUUGAGAAGCUAUGGAGAAAGCCAUCUCAGUCUAAGCUCAAGGCUAAGGUGAGAGUGCCAAGACUAAAUGGAGAACGAAAGGGAGUCUUUGCUACUCGCUCCCCUCAUCGACCUUGUCCCAUUGGGCUCACCGUUGCUAAGGUGGAGGAAGUCCAAAAGGAUAGGAUUCUGCUCUCUGGUGUUGAUCUGGUGGAUGGGACUCCUGUGCUCGACAUCAAGCCUUAUUUACCGUACUCGGACAGCAUUCAAGGAGCCUCAGUACCAAACUGGGUAAAGGAGGAGUGCUUAUUGGCUGUGGCUUCUGUUACUUUCUCAGACACCUUCUCUUCGUCCAUCACCAGCUGCUGGAAGCUGAUAGAAAAGAAGUCUCUAUAUAGUUCAGCGGAUGAGUUCAAGAGCUUGAUUACGCAGGUCCUGUCAUGGGACAUACGAUCAAUGUCACAACGGAACAAGCCACAAGACACGUCAGAUGCUGACAGCAGCAUCGUUUAUCACUUGGUUCUGGAGGGACUAGACGUGUCUUACAUGAUAGAUAAUGAAAGUAACAUUCUCGUCCAAGAUGUUUCUCUUCCCAAUAACCUGGAAGAAGAUGUUGCAGCAACCUGA